UGUCACGGGUAGCUUCCUGUUGGGAGGCGCGGACGCCUAGCAGGGAGGAGGAGAGAGCUUAAUAGCAGCCGAGACAGAGCGCAGCACAGGGAAAGGGGCAGGCUUCGCCCCGCCGCAGCUAACUUUCCGUCAUGGCGCCCCGCCGAUCUUUCUCGGGGUCCGUGCUGCUGCUGGUCCUCGUCGCGGCUGUCGGGCACGUCGCUCCGGGAGCGGCCGUGGAGCCAGGCGGUUGUCAACAAUAUACAAAUAAAACUUGUGAGGAAUGUCUGAAAAAUGUCACAUGUUUAUGGUGCAGCAGUACCAAAAAAUGCAUGCAAUAUCCUGUUCGGAAUAUUCUGCCUCCCAGUUCACUUUGCGAGUUGAGUUCAGCACGCUGGGGUGUUUGCUGGGUGAAUUUUGAAGCUCUGAUUAUUGCCAUGUCCGUGGUGGGAGGACUAAUCCUCAUAACGCUUUUCAUUUGUUGCUGUUGCUGCUGCAGGAAGAAGAAGAACAGAAAGCCUGAUAAAGAAGAUGAAAAAGCUGCCAGGGAGAGAGAGCAAAGAAGAAUAAGACAGGAGGAGAGGAGAGCAGAGAUGAAAUCUAGGCAUGAUGAAAUCCGGAAAAAAUAUGGUUUGUUUAAAGAAGAGAAUCCAUAUACCAAAUUUGAAAACAACUAAGAUUUUUUUGAGAUCCAAAAUAACCUCUUGCAAUGCUGUCUAUUGAAUGUGCAGUACAGCUGCUAAAAGAUCCUGUAAUUUUAGAUGCCUUAAUUGCAAAUGGAAACACAGUCUUUAAUGUAAGACAAAGCCAACUGUAACUGCUAUAGUCCGUAAAUAAACAGAUGAACAGAUGCCAAUAUACCUCUGAAUAUCUGGAUGCCUCCUCAGGCUGCAAAAUACUAUACUUUUGUUCUCUGUUUGAUGGGUGCCUAUGUCAAUAUGGCAUCUCACUUGUUUUGCAUAACUUUUGUUUGCUAGUCAAGUCUUGAACAAACUCUUUCAUCAAGUGGGGAAAGGACAGUACACAUUCUGUCUUUAGUCUUUUCUGUGAGCAAAAAUUUGUAGCUUUUUUAAAGUAAGGGUGAGAGUAAGAUAAGGUUUCUUGUGUCCUUCUUGGUUACUUGGAAAAAUAAUAGCUGAGUACGUUGUAUAAGAGGAACUUAAGCCUUAAGUAAAUUGUGCCACUAGCAACAAGUGCCUAAAUAGUUCUAGAAAACAUUUUAUUUGCAACACAGGUGUUUUUAUCAUGAUUUGCAACACAGGUGUUUUUACCAUGAAAUGUGAAGGUUUGCACUUUUAUAUGCUGACAUUUUUCCUGUGCUGAUUGUAUGGGGUUGUUCUUGUAUCAUUCUUACGUAGUAUCAUAUGAAGUUUAUACUGGUGUUUGUUAGAUGGCUGUUUGUUUCAGUACUUCUGAAACUCCAAUUGAACUACUCUAUAAGGCUUGUAAUAGGAAAUUACCAAUUCCUCAUCGGAUCAGAAGCAAUGUAUAAUCUUGGAAAGAAUGUCUCUUGUAACCAAAUAAGCAGAAGAAUGAAAAGGCUUCUUUCUGAAUUAAAGAACAGCAAUAAACCAUGAGGUUGAUUUCUGCUGCCUGGAAUUAGUCCUGGUGAUAAAAUCUUUUGGCUAGAUGGGAGAGCCUGUUUUUCAGGCUGUUCCACAUCUGACUCAUUGAUUUUUUUUUCUAACAAGGCAGAUCAAAUCAUUUGGAAAAUCACUUUUCUAAUAUGUAAACUAGAAGAAUGGAUUGAAAAGACUAAUAUGAAAAAAAUGGAAGGGUGUUUGCUUUAAAAAGAUAUUUUCAUUAAACCAAAACAGUUGUUAAAGAAAUAUCUUGAAUACUGCAGCUUUCUGAGAAAUGAAUGAAACAGUACUAGGCCAUCUGUGCAGAAUUUAAUGAAGAAUGUGAAAUGGCACUGACACCAUUGUAACUUUUUCUUCAAUGAAAAGUGAAGGAUGGGAGAAGGUUUAAAUGUAAUAUUUCAUGCCCUUGUCCUCUUUUUAAAAGAAGGAUAUUACUCUGAGAUAUUGUUAAUACUCUGUUAUAAUCUUAAACUUCGUUUUGGUGUUGUCAGUGACACAAACACAUACAGUAUUUUUAAUCUAAUAUAUUUACUCUUCCAUUGAUUGCUUUAUAUAAAGUUCAUAGUAAACCCUGGAGAACUUUGCGGAGACCUGCCUAAAAUGUAUAUUACAUUCCAGAAAUAUAGGAUAUUGUAUCAUGAACACUUUCAUAUAACUCUUGUUAUGUUAAUAGUUAAAAUUCAACUAAUUAUUAGCUAUAAUGAAAUCUGUAAAUUAUUUGGCUAACAAAAAUAAACAAAUUUAAUAUCA